AUGGCCUCCUCACCCUCCACCCCCUCACCCCCCCUCCUCCUCGGCUACAACUCCAAACACCCAUUCACCAAAAUCCCCCUCACCAACCGUACCUCCCUGCAAAACCUCCUAAAAACCCUUCUCACCCCCCUAACCCCCCAUUUCUCGCCCCUAAAAGCCCUCAUCCGCGUCCCCGGCGGGACAGCAACCCGUUUCGACGCGCGCGCCUCAGAAAUCGAAGGGUUCUGCCGUCCCCUCUGGGGACUCGGCGCCUUGCUCGCAGGAGGAGGUUCCUCCCCCCUCACAGAUCACUGGAUAGAGGGUAUAAAAGCCGGGACCGACCCCUCGUCCCCCGAAUUCUGGGGGUGGGCGCGGGAUAACGAUCAGAGGAUGGUAGAGAUGUGUCCCUUAGGCUUCCUUUUAGCUGUCGCGCCGCAGUUUUGGGAUAGUUUGAAUGAGAGGGAGAGGGAGAAUGUGGAAAAGUGGUUGGGCGAGGCGGUUAAUGGGAAGGAGAUGCCGGAUACGAAUUGGCUCUGGUUCCGGGUUUUUGCUAACAUUGGGUUAAAAAAGAAUGGGGGACGGUAUGAGCAGGCGAGGAUGGAGCGGGAUAUGGAGAGGUUGAAUGGGUUUUUUCGCGGGGACGGGUGGAGUAAUGAUGGACCUGAGGGGAUCUGGCAGCAGGAUUAUUAUUCGGGGAGUUUUGCGAUUCAGUUUUUGCAGUUGCUGUAUGUGGAGUUAGAAGGGGGUGAUGAUCCCGUGAAGGCGGGGGAGUUCAAGAAGAGAGCACAGGACUAUGCGUUGGAUUUUGUGCAUUAUUUUGAUGAGGAGGGGAGGGCGACGCCGUUUGGGAGGAGUGUGGGGUAUCGGUUUGCGAUGGCGGGGUUUUGGGGGGCGUUGGCGUUUGCGGAUGUGGAGUUGCCUGCUCCCCUGACGUGGGGGAUGGGCAAAGGUCUCUUGUUGAGAAAUCUGAGGUGGUGGCAGACGCAGCAUGAUAUCUGGUCGCCGACGGGGACGUUGACGAUUGGGUAUUGUUACCCGAAUACGUACAUGGCUGAGAACUACAACUCCCCCAUGUCCCCCAUGUGGGCGUUUCUAGCUUUCAUCUGCCUCGCUGUACCGGAAAGCCAUCCCUUCUGGACCUCGGAGGAAGAAGCAUAUCCCACGCAUCUUCUGGAAAAAACAAAGGCGUUGAAACACCCCGGACAUAUCAUCUCCUACCUAGGCGGCCACAAGAUGAUCCUCAGUUCGGGUCAAGCGUGUUCGUAUCCCAUGAAAGGCACGCACGCCAAAUACGGCUCCUUCGCAUAUAGCUCUGCCUACGGCUACUCGGUGCCAACCGGUUGCUUCACACUCGAGCAAUUCGCUCUCGCCUCGCAGCUAGGCCUCUCCGACGACGGCGGGGAGGUCUGGAAAACGCGUCGGUUGUGUGAAUCCGCCGUGAUCAUCUACCAUGAUUCGCGUCCCGUUCUGGAAUCCAUCUGGAAGCCAUUCCCAGACGUCAAGAUUAAAACAUAUCUCGUCCCCCCCGUGGAAGAAACACGGAAUUGGCAUCUGAGGAUCCAUAGAAUUGAAGCUGGACGCGAGGUCAUGACUGCGGAUGGGGCGUUUGCGAUUUGUAAUGAGAGGAUGGAGGAUGGGAGGUAUCUUGAUCUGUACUCGACGGAAACACAUGAAGGCACAUUGCCAAAAAUCAUUGGGAAUUAUGAUCUUGAUACGCCGGAAGGUAGAUCAUCGGGUGAGAAGGGGGCUUUUGCUGUUUCUAAGGGAGCGGUUGGGAUUUGUGCGAUGGAGGAAAGCACUGCCGUGGAAGAGAGUAUAGCAGGAGGAAAGAGAAAAGAGAGAUGGGCAAUGCUAGUCAACGCCGACCCCAACAGCAACCUCAUCUCCAGCCGAACCGUGAUUCCCACACUUCAGGAUACAAUUAACAAGGGUGAGGUGGUUUGGUACGUCACUGCCAUCUAUGCGAAGCCUGAGAAGGAAGGAGUGGAGAGAAGUGCGUAUUUGGAUGGCUGGGACAGAAGACCUGUAAUCCCUGGGUGGGUGAGAAAGGAGAUAGAGAUAGAGAUGUGA